AUGCCACCUUAUACGGAUGCUAAUGUUACUUCUCGAUAUUCUGUUUCGGACAAACAACUUAUCCUACAACCCACUAAAUUCAUCUCGAUGCCAGAAUCAUCAUGCAAUAACGUUACAGUUUUGCAUCCUCGCAGACAACGUAUAGAAGCACUGAUUCUUACGACGUGCGCCAAUACCUUUUAUGAUGAUAAUUACAAAGAAGGAAGCGGCACCAGUGAUCGGAAUAGAAAAGAUAAAGGUGAAAGAAUCAACAGUAGUAAAUAUGCAGCAAUCGGAAGAUCCUACAAUAGCGAUGACGUUGAUGUUGAUGAAGAAAACAGUAAUAAAGGUUACGAUGACAGUGAUAGUGAUGAAAAAAAUGUCAAUUCCAUGCACGAGCGGCGCAGAAUCAGAAUCUGUAAUAACAGACGAUCACGACAACGACGAAAAUUGGCAGGACGUAGGAAAAAACAAUGUUCGAAAAAACGAGACACAAUCAAUCAAUUUAUUGGAAGUUUCGUCCUAUUUGUUAGCACUAUGCGAAUUUCCCUGGCUUGUCCUGAAAUUAUCACAUCGAUCUGUGGUUGUGAAGAUUCACAGAACGGUAUAAUCCUCCAAUGCUCACAUACUGACGGAUCCCAGAUUGUCAACAUGUUAAGAGCUAAUCAAAUCAAUUUGGGCCUGAUCCAACAACUAGAAAUGAAACAAUCUGGACUGAAGCAUAUUCCUGCUGGAUUUUUUUCUGGAUUAUUUAUCAAGAAACUGGAUUUGUCAUAUAACAAUAUUACAGAUAUCGACGAAAAUAGCUUCCUGGGAAUGAACAAUAUUUUACAGGAACUUAUAUUGCAUCACAACAAUUUAACACGGUUACCAUCCAAAGCACUAGCACCAUUAUCAGCACUCUUGCGGCUCGACUUGUCCAAUAAUUCAAUUGGUGAUAUUGAAGCGGAGCAUGCCUUCCCACCAUUAUCGAAGCUAUAUGAUGUUAGCUUAGCGAAUAAUCGCAUAUGUCAGAUACAUAAAAAUGCAUUUGAUGAUGUUAAAUACAAUAUACAAACGAUUAAUCUUGGCAGAAAUUGUUUGAAGGAAGUGCCAGCACCAGCAAUCCGUGGAUUUAAACAGUUAAUGGCAUUGCAUUUACACAAUAACAACAUCAACUCGCUGGGAGCGCUGUCAUUUAUGAACUUACCGUUAAUUAAUUUGCUGAAUUUGGCAUCAAAUCAAAUUUCAACUAUUCAUAAGCGAACAUUCCUCAAUGUACCUAAUUUGCGAUAUCUGUACUUGACCCGAAAUCGAAUAACUGAUAUCUUACCAUACCAGUUCAGUUCAUUCGAACAACUCGAAAUGCUUGAUCUAACUGGAAACUACCUGACUGAACUACGGGAAAAUUCAUUUUCAAAUUUGAAAAAUUUACGGCAACUAUACUUAGGUGAAAACCAUAUCACCAGCAUAAAAUCCGGUAGUUUUGCAAAUAGUUCAGUGGUUAUCUUAGUUUUGAAUUCAAACCGCCUCGUGGAACUUCAAGAAGGGAUGUUUGACGGAAUGACUAAACUGCAACAAUUGGCCCUCAAGGAUAACCAGAUCCGAUCCAUCGAUCAGAAUAGUUUUUAUUCCAACCCAGGUUUAGCAAUGUUAGACUUGAGUAAUAAUGAACUGAUUGAUGUGCCACCUUCAACAUUUCUGGCUCAAGUUAAUCUAUUCCUCAUCGAUUUAAGCAAUAACAAACUGGUCCGUACACCCUACGGAGCAUUCAGUCGACGCGUGAAAACAGUACUUCUACAAGAAAACCCUUUGGUCUGUUCGGAACGAGUGCACAUGUUACAACAAGGUGUAGGAAUUUACAUAGCAAGCAGUGAAGACGUUAUCUGUGGACCACAUAAGAAUCCUGGUGGAAAUAACAUUGAUGCUACAAAUAUGCCGCCAACUUCUACCUAUUUUAUGGUGGAUGAUGGAGAAGAGAACAAUAUUAAACAGGGAGAGAAGUUCUUGCCACCUAAAACUCCACCUAUCAUUCGACCACUUUCCAGCAUCGAUGAUCAAGCAAACAAACCAGAAGCUAAUGUUGGCGAAGAAAAAAUCGGUACAAAUAAAGUAAUUUCAAUAAGACCUGUUAAUGCACUCGUAAACAGAAAACCCAAUCUACCCCGACAAUCAUCAGAGAUGUCUAGCACCGAUGCAAUGGAAAGUCAAGCCGGCACAAUUCCUGAAUUUCAGAAUUCCGUCACAAAAAGAUAUGAAGAUAAUGUGUCGGAGGCUGCACCCGGAACUACAACAGCCACAGACCCAACACCUGCAAAUAGCAGAACAUCCAGCGAACAAACACUGCCACCCAGUAUCGUUGUUGCCAGUAAUAUACAGGAGUCUGACCACACGACUUCAGCACAGAAGACUGAUAGAGAUCAUUACAUCGGUAAAAAUCCCGUGGAAAAUACAAAGGAAGCACAAGAAAGUGGAGAGCAGAUUUUCUUUGAUUUGGAUAGUACGGAAAGGCUCGAACGUGUAACAGCUCCAUCGGUGAUUAUCUUGAUUUGUUUAAGCACUGUUGCCAUUGUUAUGGCUGCUGUGCUUAUCGGUUUGUGUAUUGCGAAACAUCGCCGUUUGCAAACUUGCCAUGGCUCCAUGACAACCGACAGCGCCGCACGUACUAAUGCUUAUGUUGCUGCUCAGCUCGAUAUGAUUUACGGAACAGUAAGACGGAAUCGAAAUGCACCAAUACUAAAUCGAUUUGACGAUGGACAGCCAUGGAUUUAUGCACCUACUUCUUACGGAACUACCAGUUAUUACAAAUAG